GUCUUUGUACAUUAAUGAUCUGAGCUCUGUUUCUUGGUUAUUUUUUUGAGAAAAAGCUCUGUUCUUCAUCUUCUUUAGAGGACAAAUGGCUUCUUCUCUUCAUCUCUUUCUUCCAUUACUUCUCCUCUUUUCAUCUUCAUUCUCACUUCUCCCUCUCUGUAAUGCCCAGAAACGCCAUUCCCAUCGUCCUCAUUUUGCUAGUCAUAACUACAGAGAAGCUCUAACCAAAUCCAUCAUCUUCUUUGAUGGUCAAAGAUCAGGAAAGCUCCCUUCUAACCAGAGAAUCUCUUGGAGAAGAGACUCCGGUCUUUCAGAUGGAGCUUCCUCCAAUGUAGAUUUGGUCGGAGGUUACUACGACGCCGGAGACAAUGUAAAGUUUGGAUUUCCAAUGGCUUUCACUACCACAAUGCUUUCAUGGAGUGUCAUUGAAUUUGGAGGUUUAAUGAAAAGUGAACUUCAAAAUGCAAAAGAAGCCAUUCGAUGGGCAACUGAUUAUCUUCUUAAAGCGACUUCUCAUCCAAACACCAUUUAUGUUCAGGUGGGUGAUGCUAAUAAGGAUCAUGCUUGUUGGGAAAGACCAGAAGAUAUGGAUACUCCAAGAAGUGUUUUCAAAAUAGACAAGAACAAUCCCGGAUCCGACGUGGCAGGGGAGACCGCCGCCGCACUCGCCGCCGCUUCUUUGGUGUUCAGGAAAUCUGAUCCUAAAUACUCAAAUCUUCUACUGAGAAGGGCUAUGAGGGUGUUUACAUUUGCUGAUAAGUAUAGAGGUCCAUACAGUAAUGGAUUGAAAAAAUAUGUUUGCCCUUUUUAUUGUUCUUACUCUGGUUACCAGGAUGAACUGUUGUGGGGAGCUGCUUGGUUACAUAGAGCUACCAAGAACCCUACUUAUUUAAACUACAUUCAAACAAACGGUCUAACGUUGGGAGCUGAUGAAGGUGACAAUGUUUUCGGUUGGGAUAAUAAACAUGCUGGAGCCAGGAUUCUAAUCUCAAAGUCAUUUCUUGUCCAGAGAGUUCAAUCUUUACAUGAUUACAAAGAUCAUGCAGAUAAUUUCAUCUGUUCCAUCAUUCCCGGAGCUUCAUUUUCACAAUCCAAGUAUACCCCAGGAGGGCUUCUGUUCAAGAUGAAUGACAGUAACAUGCAAUAUGUAACAUCAACAUCUUUCCUUUUACUAACAUACGCCAAAUACUUAACCAUCUCUAAAAAAGCCGUUAACUGCGGCGGAACCCUAGUCGGACCGAGGCGGCUGCGUGCCAUUGCCAAGAAACAAGUGGAUUAUUUAUUAGGGGAUAAUCCAUUGAAGAUGUCGUACAUGGUAGGGUAUGGUCCUAGAUACCCAUUAAGGAUUCAUCAUAGGGGAUCAUCUUUGCCGUCGAUUGCAUCUCAUCCGGCAAAGAUUCAAUGUUCGGCUGGGUUUAGUGUGAUGCAUUCGCAGUCGGCGAACCCUAAUAUUUUGAUGGGUGCAGUGGUGGGUGGACCGGAUUUGCAUGACCGGUUCCCGGAUUUGAGGUGGGAUUAUGAACAAUCUGAACCGGCUACUUAUAUUAAUGCACCUCUUGUGGGUGCAUUGUCUUAUUUAGCUCACUCUUUUGGACAGCUCUAAUGUUGUUUGUGUGUGUGUGUUUGUUAGUAUGUCAGUGUGUGAGAGAGAAAAAGAAAACAAUGAGAGAGAGAGAGAGAGAUGAUUAUGGUAAGAUAUUUAUGUAUUGUAAGUUUUAAGUAUUGUUUAAUAUGGUACUUAAGAAUUUAUGUUUAC